CUCCUCCUGCACCUCUGCUAGCUGUCCUUGUCUUGGUCUCCUCUUCUUGCUCGACCGCUACUGCAAGGUGCCAUACGCGAGCCUCCUCCAAUGUCGCAGCCAGUACAAGGGAAUACCCGCGCAGCGUAGCUACCAGCCCGCCGGAUCGUCUCGGGACGAUUGGGUCGUGGAGGCUAGCACACGUGUGUGUGAGCCGUCAUCUGGGACAGUCUCGCCCGCCCACUGGCACAUCUAUCUGGAUGCAGCCGCCCGGGGUCAGCAGCUCGCUUGUUCGGCCGUAUGCAUCGUAGCGCAUGGCUAUGAAGAGGAACCAGGAGCUGUUGUUCCUGCCCUGCUGCCCUGCCCCUCGGCUGACCGAUCCCGCAUCCAGCCUUGCCCUCGGCGCCUCAUCGGCCGGCUGCCGAGGCGAGGCCAGGCCGAUGUUGCCCUGUUGUAUGUGACCGAGCAUGUCCCCUGCAAGUCGUGCCGGUGGAGCGGUAGUCCCUCGCGGCCCAGAUUAGGCUCGCCAUCCGGCUGUUGACAUCUCGUGGGCCGUCACGGGAAAUCGACGUCUCUUCAUUUUCAUCUUCAUCUCGCCAUCCACAGCCUGAGAGACAGCACUUGAGGACCACGGCGCCCAGGGAGUCGUCCUCAGCCCCUUCCCCCCUCCCCCAUCUCGAUCCGGGCCCGUGGCGACCUCCUGACCAAACAAGAUCAACGAGAUAAGCGAGGCGCACGCACUCGGCUAUGCACGAGCGAGACGAGGGCUGCACCCCAAGUCCAAGGGGCACCGCUUACGGCGCGCCGGCCUUGGACAACCAACCCCUCAUGGCAUCGUGUCAUAGCGCCCUCACCCUCUGAGUCGGCUGCCCGGGCGCCGCUCAGGCAUGCGCGCCCUGCGAGGCGGUUCGGACGGCGCCGACGGGCAAAAAUACAUGCGAUGUCCUUCCGCUGUGCUCAUGUGGAGACCUGGUCGGUUGGACGGCGGCAUGUCCGGACUGGAAGAUGCGAUCAACAGUUCUGAGCACCGAACUUGACCCUCUCCUAUCAAGAGCACCGUCACUGCAUGCGUGGCCAGGCAUGUGGGCCUCGUCGCCUAUUACACUCGAACAUGAGGGAAUAUAACUCCCCGCUUGGUGACUGACAUCCCAUCCAUGCAGGAGCUUGUCGUCCAACAUGCCUGCCCUCAACAGCCUGCCCAGGUGGGUGCGCGAUCGAUGGAAUCCUCCCCGGCGUGCCAGCAGAACCUUGUUUCGGGCAUAUUCGCGAAUAACAGGACACGAGACAGGUCUUCCAAGUCGCAAGAGGUCAGAGAUGCGGGUGCCAGAAUUGAAAACACAUCUAGGGCGUCUCAAUGCUUAUCGGUCGGGGCUCUCGUGGUUGGUGAAAGUGCGCAAGUAAGGGCACUGAGGGGUGGCGAAGCGAGGGGGAGUUGGGAGAUAAUCCUCCAAGCUGGGAACAUGGGCUAAAUCGGACACAGAAGUGUCGGAAUUGGAAUGGUGUGGCUGUUGCGUACGCAUACAUUUCUCCCCCAGUCUUGCUGGGCCAACAGAAAUGGGACAUGACAUGACUGGAUGGACUGACUGCCCAGGUGGCUGGGCGGACCGAUUACAUUAUACGUCUGAACGUCUGUACGAGCACGAGUACGGUGAUAUACGUGCUAGCUCUGCCCUAACCCCGGACCGUCCAGACUGGGGGGCUACCCACUCUAUAAACAACAACGCAAUGGGAAAUCUCCUUGCUUUCGGGGGCCCUUCAAUGCGCAGCCACCUACCUGGGGGGCCAUGUCCCCCAGCCUACCCGACACGGUGGGUCCGUAUAAGAGGACCGCGUAUUGUAUAACACCUCAUUGGCCAAGCGCACAGGAGAGGAGCCGCAGCAUCGAAGAGAUGAAGCAAAUACGAACCAAUCGGAUAGCGUCGUAUACGCGUAUCCCGCCCCGGACGGGGCCCAUAUUCCAAGGCCCGCCCGAAAAAGGCCCACAGACGCCGGAGCUUCUACCGAUGUGUAAGACGGCAGUCUCUUGUCCCGGCUACAGAGCUGAUGGAAUUUUCACCUCCUGUUAUAAAGAAUGAGGCACGCUCCAUUGUGCGGAAGAGCCGUCUAGUUAUGCAUUAAUCCUUCCUCAAGGCAGCCGAGAGCCUAAGUAUUCAGUCACGAUAAGACUCUUGUUGUGGUCCCGAAGUAUUGCGGCACUUGACCGUUCCUUUCCGACUCGAUUUGCACAACUAGAAGAUAUCCACGACAUCACCUUUCAACGACCAAGGCGAAUAGAAUCCCACCGAAUAACCAGCCAGACCACGUACACUCCUGUUCCACCCCGGCGGCAGAUACACACAGAUAAACAAAUACAAAAGCCAUGGCGGGCGAAGCUAAAAAUGGCGUUCUACCAUACAAGGGCGGCACCUACUACCUGUGGCACUAUGUACCAUCCAUGCCAGGCGCCAUCAUCUUCAUCAUCCUCUUCAUACUCGCCGCGGCCGCCCACAGUUAUCGCAUGUUCCGGUUCCGACAAUGGUUCUACAUACCCUUCAUCCUCGGUUGUAUCUUCGAGGCAAUCGGCUACGUAGGCUUCGCCAUAUCCCACGACAAGACCGACCAGCUCCUGCCCUUCAUAAUCCAGUCCGUCUUCAUCCUCGUCGCCCCGGCCCUCUUCGCCGCCACCGUCUACAUGAUCCUGGGCCGCCUCGUCGCGCGCGUGCCCUCGGGCCCCUCCUGCAGCCUCAUCCGCCCGGCCUGGCUGACCAGGACCUUUGUCGUCGGCGACGUCUUCUCCUUCCUGCUGCAGGCCAGCGGCGGCGGCCUGAUGGCCGUGCAGGGGAGGCAGGACCUCGGGCAGAACAUCCUCCUGGUCGGCCUGUUCGUGCAGAUCGUCAUGUUCGGCCUCUUUGUCGUCGUCGCCGUCGCCUUCCACGUGCGCUACGCCCGCAUGCUCGCCGUCUCGGGCGCCUACGGCGGCAGCGGCCCCAGCCCCGACGGUGGUAUCCCCUGGCUCAAGGUGCUGUACAUGCUCUACUCGGUCAGCCUGCUCAUCAUGGUGCGGUCCAUCUUCCGUGUCAUCGAGUACAUCCUGGGCCAGGACGGCUACCCGCUCAACAACCAGUGGACCCUCUUCAUCUUCGACUCGCUCCUCAUGUUCCUCGUCACCGCCCUCUUCUUCUUUAUGUUCCACCCCAACGACAUGGUUGGCUCCCAGCAGCAGGAUGUUGGGUUUGAUGAGGUGGACACUUCCACCAGCGUCGAUAUGCCGCUGCAGCAGAAGACACGGGCGCAGGUUUAGGGCUGACGGGCUAUCCUGUGUGUUUGUGUUACAGGAAAUGGAGCAGACUGGCGGGUCAUCAUAGAUGGUCAUAUUUCUUUUGUCCAUCAAAUGAGGGCGUGUUGCGGCUGGGACUUAGGCGGCCGCUAUUGGAUAAAAGGAGUUUCCAGGUUUUGUAUAUAUGUACACAUAGACGAAUUAUCACGAUCAAGACAGGGUCACAAUACGCCUCACCGGUAGGGGGGGGGGGGAGGUUCAGA